AUGCCUUAUGCAUUGUUCACAAAUAGAUAUACCUUGACUGACUUUCCUGUAAAUAGGAUAUGGGUACUAUUGGGUACUUCAGCAUCAAAACCUGUUUCCAAGACGAAGCACAAUGACGGUUUAGAUAUUGAAUGAAUUUAUGUACGUUCAAACGCCACACGGUUUACACCACAUCUCCAAGUACACAUAAUUGAAUUCUUCAACUUACGGUUGUUUCACGUACAUCGUGAUUUUUUGUAGUAGCCACUUGGCAACAUAUAAGCGCACCUAAUUCUUCUAAUACAGUCUUACUUAGAAUAUGUUUAAUGUGAACUCUGUUGCAGAUUGACAUCACGCAUGAAAGCUGCUAAUAAACCAGUCGAUUGAUGAAACGAUUACUCAAUACUUUUACUGACUCUCUUUUACGUUGAUAAGUUAUUAGCAUUUGCAAUCUGGACAACUUCGUGCGCAUAACUUGAAAAAUUAUUCGUUAAGCUCAAACUUUACGUGGACAUGGCGAUUAGGUUCACGAUGACUUCUUAUUAUUUUAAUGGUGUUGGGGUUUAAUUCGUUGGGAUUUCAAGUACCAGGAAGAUAUAUUCACAGAAAAUAUUUGUUCCCUUAUAUUAAGAUCACAUUUUGAUUGGAUUAUUGGCUCUCGAUACAUUUUCGAUACGGGCCGUUCACGCAUGACGUCAUCACACAAGGGGGAAGGGUAACUCCGACAACGUAAUAUCUUGUAUCGAGGAGUAGGCUAAGCAAACGAGACAUAAAAUUAUGCCGAUUUUUACUCGAAACACUGUUCCAUUCACCGACAAAUUUUUUAGCUCAACUUUAAAAAGCCCGCUCGUGGCGUUCGAUGCUUGGCAUCAUUUAAGAGUGGUUAAAAGUAUUAUGUGCGAUAAUCGUAUACGAAACGUACAAAUGUUCAUAAGACAAAAUAUUAUCUUUUUUAGAUGUCCUGUGUAAUGAGAAAAUAUGGGGAGUAUAAGAAUGGGAUUUAGUGAGGUCAUUAUUAUAAGGGCGGGGGGGCAAGUAAUAAGGGUCGUGUAAGUGAUCCGUAUUGAUGUCAUUUAUGGAUGGCCCUCCGCACGGCGAUCAACAACGCGGUUAACUGCUCUUUAAGAUGUCCUUCUCCCAGAUUCACACCACCUUUUACCAGUAAGUGGGUAAAAUUGCUGAAAGAAGUUUUUCGAUGAAUCUUCUCGCCAAUUUUGAAACACGAUUUCAAUUACAGCGCUAUGUCAUAUUGCGAGACUGAAUUUCCGUAACUGUAAUAAUAUAACGAUAAACUGUAACUGUGAGGCUCGUUCCCGUACGACUCAAUAAGAGUGAUUUUAUUAGCACUCCAAUUGAGGUGCACACACAUUGAGUCAAGAAUUCGAAUUGACGGUACGAAUUGGCGUUGUGUUAUGAAGACGCGAAGGAAACUGUUGGGAUCCGUUGCGGUCAUGGAAUUGGGCGAUCGUGGACCUCAUGAUGGCAGCUGUUUCUUUCUCCCACGAGCCACCCACUUCUGGCGUUUACUCUUGUAGUUUUUGACGGUUGUAGAUAGACCGCGAGGCGACCAGGUUGAAACUGACUCAACAGCAAAAAGAAGUCAUCCAUUCCGGCAUGUGCCAGACUUGGUGAAUUGGGCGCGAUGGAAACCGCAACGUUCGUUCGAAACGCAUUCGACUUUCUUGACGCGUGUCCGAAAGCCGUGCUUCCGAGGCCAGUCUCCGUGACAUCCCUCAAGGUCACCUUGACAGAGUCCACGGAUCCGUGGAGGGCAUGAACGCUCACCAUGUCAAGUCUGCAUCGCAUCGAGCUCAAUUCGCCGUCAACGCACAGUCGUCUCCUCGGCGCAGCACUGAUAUUGUUGGUGGUUGUCUUCUCGCAUCGAUAUGCUUCCGCAGAACUCAAUUCUGAGUUUGUGAAAGGAAAAAUCUGUAUCGGGACAAAUGGUCGACUAUCGGUACCCUCCAACAAGGACCAUCAUUACCGAAAUCUUCGAGAUCGGUAUACGAAUUGUACGUACGUUGACGGCAACCUCGAAAUCACAUGGCUGCAGAACCUUGAGCUGGACCUCAGUUUCCUUCAGUACAUCCGAGAGGUCACCGGGUACGUCCUCAUCAGCCACGUGGACGUGCAGAAGGUUGUCCUGCCACGGCUCCAGAUCAUUCGCGGCCGAACCCUGUUCAAGCUGAACAUUCACGAGGCCGAGUUUGCACUAUUCGUCACCAUGUGCCAGAUGAAUAGCCUCGAGCUACCGGCACUUCGAGACAUCCUAAAUGGCAGUGUCGGCAUGUACAACAACUACAAUCUCUGCCACAUGAGGACCAUCAAUUGGGACGAAAUAAUAACGGGUCCCCAGGCAAAGUAUGAUUACGUGUACAACUUCACAGCCCCGGAGCGGGUAUGCCCCGAGUGCGACAAGAGUUGUGAGCAGGGAUGCUGGGGCGAAGGACCCCACAAUUGCCAGAGUUUCUCAAAGAUAAAUUGCUCGCCACAGUGCUGGCAGGGACGUUGCUUCGGGCAAAAUCCAAGGGAGUGCUGUCAUCUUUUUUGCGCCGGGGGUUGCACCGGACCGAAGCAGAGUGAUUGUUUGGCGUGCAAAAACUUUUUCGACGACGGUGUCUGUACGCAAGAAUGUCCGGCAAUGCAGAAGUAUAAUCCGACAACAUACUCGUGGGAAACAAACCCCGAUGGAAAGUAUGCAUAUGGUGCGACGUGUGUCCGUAAGUGUCCCGAACACCUUCUGAAGGACAACGGUGCAUGCGUGCGUUCGUGUCCUGCAAAGAAAAAGGCUGUUAAUGGUGAAUGUGUACCAUGCGACGGUCCAUGCCCAAAGACUUGCCAAGGCGUGGAUCGGGUCCAUUCUGGAAACAUUGACAGCUUUAAAGAUUGUACAAUAAUUGAAGGCUCGAUCACAAUAUUGGAUCAGAGUUUCAUGGGGUAUCAACAUAUAUACCAAAACUUUACGUUUGGACCGAGGUAUCUGGAGCUUCACCCCGACAAACUCGAGGUGUUCAGCACGCUAAAGGAAGUUACGGGAUACGUUAAUAUUCAAGGGUAUCACAAGCAGUUCACAAAUCUUUCAUACUUCCGGAAUCUGGAGGUUAUCGGGGGCAGAAGCCUUACCGAAACAUUCUUUGCAUCACUUUACAUUGUGAAGACAGCCCUGGUGUCCCUCGGAUUGAAUUCACUGAAAAAGAUCAACUCUGGUACGGUAGCAAUCCUGGAGAACACGGAUCUCUGCUACGCUCAGAGCAUCAACUGGACGCGAAUAAAAAGGUCUCAAGAACAUACCACGAUUUUGUCCAGCAACAAGCCCGAAGCUGACUGCGCACGCGAAGGCUUGGUAUGCGAUGAUCAAUGUUCGGACGAGGGCUGCUGGGGGCCAGGUCCCGAGCAAUGUUUGUCCUGCAGGAAUUUCAUAUUGGAGAAUAUUUGCGUACAAAAUUGCACAGCAGUACCUGGUAUUUACCAAGCAGACGAAAGAGUCUGCAAACCUUGUCACGUGCAAUGCAACGGUACUUGUUCUGGUCCGAAUGCGGAACACUGCCACUCAUGUAAGCAUGUGCGCGACGGGCCUUUCUGCGUUUCCAAAUGUCCAUCAUCAAAGUUCAACGAUGGUGGGAUAUGCAAACAUUGUCACGAUAAUUGCGUAGGGGGGUGCGAGGGUCCGGAAAAUAACAUUGGUCCAAAUGGGUGUCACAGUUGCGAAAAAGCGAUUAUGAACUUCGAAACACCGGAGAGGUGUUUGAGAACGGAUGAGUCUUGCCCGGAAGGUUACUACUGGGAGGGGGUCGAGCCUCAGGAACGGGGUCCUCUGAAGGCCCUUGCUGGUAAAGCAGUCUGUCGGAAAUGUCACCCUCGGUGCCUUAGGUGUACCGGGUACGGUUUUCAUCAACAAGUUUGCCAGGAAUGCGCCAAGUACAAGAAAGGUGAACAGUGCGAAGACGAGUGCCCCGCCGAUCACUUCGCUAUCCCGGAAACCCGGAGCUGCAUCCCAUGCUCUUCGGAGUGCAGGGGCUGUUACGGCCCGGGAGCUGAUCAGUGCUACAAGUGCCGAAACUUCAAGGUGUUCGCCAACGUUGCCACGGAAGACAAUGCAACAUCCUUCAAUUGCACCGAUACCUGCCCGCCAGAACAUCCGUUUACGAGGUUCCCUGCGGACAACGACCCGUUCUGCUCCAAUCAUGCAAAGAAGAUGAGUUACCCGUUAGACGGCGAACAAACACCGGCAAUAUUAGCAGGUGUUGGUGUUUUCGUAGUGAUUCUAAUGGUCUUCUCCGCUGCUGUAUUAUGCCUGUGGCGUCAGCGGACGAAGGCCAAGGAAAAUACCGUGAAAAUGACGAUGGCACUUACCGGGCUUGAUGACAACGAACCUCUAAGGCCUACGGGAGUGAAGCCGAACUUAGCAAAGCUGCGUAUAAUCAAGGAGGAGGAGAUGAGAAAGGGCGGUAUACUCGGAUACGGGGCAUUCGGCAACGUCUACAAGGGAGUCUGGGUGCCAGAGGGUGAGAAUGUUAAGAUCCCGGUUGCGAUCAAAGUUCUCCACGAUGGGACAGGAUCCAAUACGUCGAAGGAGUUCCUCGAUGAAGCCUAUAUCAUGGCAAGUGUCGAGCAUCCGAAUCUACUUCAGCUACUCGCCGUCUGCAUGACGUCGCAGAUGAUGCUUGUGACACAACUGAUGCCGCUCGGUUGUCUCCUUGACUUCGUUAGAAAGUAUAAGGACAAGAUUGGCUCAAAGCCUCUGUUGAAUUGGUGUACACAGAUCGCCAGGGGUAUGGCCUAUCUCGAAGAGAGACGAUUGGUCCACAGGGAUUUGGCAGCGAGGAACGUCCUUGUGCAAACGCCAAACUGCGUGAAAAUAACCGACUUUGGCCUCGCGAAGCUUUUGGACAUCAACGAGGAACAGUACAAGGCUGCUGGCGGUAAAAUGCCAAUAAAAUGGUUGGCCUUAGAAUGUAUUCAGCACCGCGUAUUUACGCACAAGUCAGACGUCUGGGCAUUCGGUGUUACCAUCUGGGAAGUUUUGACUUAUGGUGGAAGACCCUACGAAAACGUUCCGGCAAGAAAUGUGCCAGAAUUAUUGGAAAAGGGGGAACGGUUACCGCAGCCGGCGAUAUGUACGAUCGAUGUGUACAUGAUCAUGAUAAAAUGCUGGAUGCUCGACGCGGAGUCGAGGCCAAGCUUCAAGGAACUUGCCGACGACUUUGCGAAAAUGUCGAGAGAUCCUGGACGUUAUCUGGCAAUAAAGGGGGACAAGUACAUGAUACUACCAUCCUAUACAUUGCAGGAUAAAAAAGAAAUGAUAAGAAAUCUGGCGUCCGCGAUGGAUGGUCCGGAAGCCGUGGUAGACGCAGAUGAAUAUCUUCAACCAAAGUCGAGGGCACCUAUACCACCUAUCGUGGUCUCGCCGUCGAGUACGUCCGGCUCACCUCCCAACACGCCGAUAAAGAGCUGCUGGCCGAAUAACACGCCAAUGGCCGCUGACUCACCGACACCGCAGAACCAACAGAACUGGGACCGGGAGCUAUUGCGAUACGGCGUCUCGGGUAAUGGGGGUACCUCGCGGGAGUCUGCAGAGGCAAACCCCGCGCAUCUACAGCACCCCCAUUAUACCCACCCGAACGGCCAUUGUGGCCCGGCUGCCAGCUUGGAUGGCUCGAAUUCCAGAUACUGUUCAGACCCCCUUAAGAUGAUCGGAGUCAUAGAAUGCGACGUAACGGACGACUGCUUUAAGUCGGAGGUCGGCACGAUACACCAACAAGCUAGAAUUGGAAAUUUGAAGUUGGACCUGCCCCUGGACGAAGAUGACUACCUCAUGCCCUCGCCCCAGAUGCCAGCAAGCACGAUACAAUACAUGGAUCUGAUCGGUGAUUCGAAACCUACCGAGUCAGAGUCGAAGCAUAUGAACAAUGGAUAUCGAAAGUACCCGGAAUUCUUAACAAUCCCCGGGAAAACGUCGGUUGACAAUCCGGAGUAUAUCAUGUCGCAGGACGACGCGGCGUUGAGCCCGCAGACGUUGGGGAUUCCCGCGACCGCGGAUCUCGUCAAGACGGAGACGACAAACGGUACCGCCUUUGGCUCUCAGGUCAGGCAAAGGAGUACGGAAGAGGAAUCGGAUCACGAGUAUUACAACGACUUCGAUCGGCUUGAGCGCGAGCUCCAGCCUUUGAAACCGCUUAGAAAGAACGAAACGACAGUAUGAUAUUUAUUGUCCCAACUGACACUGGUAUAUGUAUAUCUAUGUGACAUCGUUGCAGCGGGGGCGGCGAGGAGCCGUCGUAUAUGAACGUUGAUCAUCUGGUAAAAAUUAUACAGGAUUAUUUAUUGAAUACUUGCCAGCCGACCAAUGAAUGAGAGAGACGGCCGCAUGCGUCGGCUUCUGGUAUAAUUAGCUGUGGUGGCGGACGCACUUGUGGCCAGUAAUCAAUAGAAAAACCGUGUAUUUUUUCUCGUCUUCAUUGGAACCGACCCCUGCCAUAGACGCAGAAAUGAUUUGGGAUAUCGUGCUUCAAUUACGUCUGCUGUUUCGGGAAUGUUUGCGUGGAUGUGAUAGCAUUUAGCCACCUCACAGUCUCCGUUACACACACGUUAGACGGCGCGCUAAUGUAUACCUACCUACCAAUUACCUAGCUGAUGAAGGGGUGAGAAAAUGUUGUGCCUUGAAUCAAAGAGAUGCCACGUGUACUUAGACAGGUUCGACGAAGAUAGGAUGACAUAACAUAGUAAUAUUAAGUGCUCCAUCCAAUCGCAGUGGUAAUCAGAAUGAACAACGAAUCGAUAACUAUAGAUUGGCCGAUACGAAACAAGCGCACCGGAUUUAGCAAGACAUGAUAUCGUCUACCGAAACUUUCCCCAUUACAAUGGACUUGCAGUGCAAAAAACUAUUCUUAAUGUGCCAUUCAUUAUCGGUGGCUUGUAAAUAACUAUAAUGAUAAUAAUUUAGAGUAAUUGAUAGAAGUAAUUAUCCCACAAUUCAAUCAUCUAAUUCCAUGUAGAUAUACAUGUGUGUGUGUGUGUGCGUACACACACACACACACACGCACACGCACACACUAUAGAGCUAUCUAUCUAUGCAAAUUCUGUCCUACUCUGGCACACGUGUACCUACAUCGGUAACUGUAACAUCUAACGAAAAUUUUGCAGAACGGUCAACCUUUGUUUGAGUAUGAUGCGAAGGCGCAAUUUCAAAUUCGAUCUACCACAUACAACGGAUGAAAAUUUGUUGAAUGGUAUUGAAAAUCGACAUUUCCACAAGUUAUUCAGGCGAAUAAGGUUCACUUGUAGGACAAGAGUUUUUGUAGAAAACAUUGAAACCCAAACAUUAGUCAUGGACGCGGUCUCCGCUACAUAUUACCGACUCAUAUCUAAACCGAGUUGACCCUGUGUAGCAGAGGACAUGAACGAGGCAACGAUUAAUUCCUCGUUUCGUCAAAUUACGAGCGACGCAUUGUACCCAAUUAUUGAGUUGCAUCCUUCGUGCGCUCCUUGACAAUGAAUCGUAUGGCCCGUCACCGACUGUGAUAGGAAAUGUCUUCUUAUUAUGGAGAUAUUUGAAUUUAGUAUCUUAAUAUAGUGCAAACGUACUGCUCGAAGCGAAACAAAGCGAACAAAAUUAACCCAACAUAACAUUCAGACGAGCGUGACGCAGUCGAAUUUUCGUCAAUUUUUACUUACUCUUUAAGGUAUGUGUCUUUAGCAUUUAGAAAAUUUCGCCGGUGAAUCAUAGAUCCUCCGGAAAUCCGGCCAUAUCUGCCACGGAACAUAUUCAUUAUACACGAGUCACUACGAUAUUUCGCCGUAUCUCGGCUUUGUGCCGUCAUAAUAACAAACCAAUAAAAUUGGGAGUAUCCGAGUUUCAUAAAGUUGAAAUUUUUUAUGAAAUUGUAAAUAGAUAUUUUAGUAUUAAGGAAAACUCCACGGAUGUAGAAAAAAAGUACUUGAAUUAUCUUUGGCGCAGACUUGGCGUCGUUUACAUAGUCUACUAUAGUUGUAGAGUAGGAUUGUGCCAUUUUGUACAGGAAUAAUAAAAAUUGAUAUCCAGAACAAA